GCAUGGGUACUGCCGGAUAUGGCAAUUUCUGCACCGGGAAAGGCAGAUGACGCGCUUCGCAAGUUACCACCGCCGGUCGCGGUUAUUGCGUUCUUAGUUAAGAUGCUCUCAUAUCCAGCGCGUUACGUUCUUCUGUGGCUCUCUUUCGUUCGCCGUUACUUUCAUCCACAUACCACAGGUGCAUUCCCUCUCCCUCUCCCUCUCCCUCUCCCUCUCCUGCUCUUCCCUCUCCCCAUCCUCAUCGUCAACGAUGCCGCCCUCCCUCCUCUGGCGGCGCAAGACCUCGACACCCUUUUUUCCCGGCGCAUGGCCAAAUUCCUCCGUCUCCUCCCACGGCGAUGACGCCGGAGGCCGCAUCGUGACCGGGUCUGUGCCGGACGACCCACCUCAGCUCCCCGAGCUGCUGCACGUCCGGGCGCAGCACCGGGGCGCCAGCGCCGUCGACGCUGAGCAGGGCGACAUUGAGAUGGGCAUGGGCGUCGGCUGGAUGUUCCCGACGGCGCUUGAGCACCAUGGAUUUGAGGAUAAUGGGUUUCCCGUUGGUGUGCUGAACACGCCCGCGCUGACGUGCACUCCUGAGAUGAGUGAUUUGCCUCUGAACACGAGCGUAUCGCAGGAUACGACGUUUACGGAGGUAUCGGACUCUGAAGGCGUCCUCACGCCAGAAUCUAAUCACGAUGCGCCAUGGAAUGCGCCGCCCAUAAGCGACUCUCAAAAGAUGAUGCCGGACUUUCUCACCCCAUCCGUCGCGUAUCCAGACAAGUACGCAGAUGAAAGUUACGCCACGACACGUAGCAUACCUUCGGGACACGAUACCUCCUUAGAGACGAUUCCCGCUAGACCCAAGCAUUUCAACAAUAAUACCAGCAUACCAAUGACGGACGCGACGCCCGAUACCACGAUGUCAACGUCACUUAGCUUCCUCGAUCAGCCGGUUCUGAAUUUUUCUACGAUCAGUUUGGACUUUACGAGCAUAUCAUACGCUACAGCGUCCAUGGGAGACAGCCCAUCCUCUGUCGGCUCACCGUCAAAUUCCAUGUCCGCUGCAUUCAGUGCCUCAUUUCCAUUAUCUGGAGAUAUAGAUGCGGCUUUGGAGGAUCCACGGGAGACCUCAAUUUCACGGGCUAGCGCGCAAGAGCACACUGCCAAGUCACUCGGUGGAGAGCAUAAUAUGAACACAGGGAAUCCUUCUCAUCCCUCAUCCGUCUCCGCAUACAGUUUUGCCGACUCGCCCGUUCUCCCACCCGAAGCAGACUCGGGCCACAGCCCACACGUCCUCGUGCACAAGCAGCCGUCUCCUCGCACAUCCGCUGACCUCGACGCGUUCGCGCGUGCCGCUGCGGCUGCAGCGUCCGCGAUGAGCUCAACGCUAUCUUUGCCCGCCUCUAUCCACUCCGCAGUGGUAUGCGAAGCGGAGAGAGUCAUUAUUGCACGUAAAGCGUGCGCGUCACCACAUAUGCGCGCAUAUACGAGCGACUCGGAUGCUCCGAGUCUUGCGCUGGCGGUGAAUGCUUGUGCGACCACAAGUGACGGGCACGGCCACCGGUACGAUGACUCCGAACCGACUCCAGAGGCGGAAGCUGAGAACGAAGAUCCUGUUGACCUUGAGGGCGCGAAGAUAAUGAAAGCGCGGAUUCGCAGGCAAAGUGCCCCGCUGCCCCAUUCGCCACACACGCCUCUCCCGAGGGUGACGCGUACGAUUAGCAGUCCUGUGGACGUUGGGCCUCCUCCCGAACAAGGAGUGCGUGAGGGUGCAGGGAGGGACCGCCCGAUGAAGCUCCUUGUGUUCGGCAGAAUGCGGAAAUUGGGUGGGCGAAUCGUCAGCCUUUUUGGAGGGAAGGGCGCCGAGAAAGAGCGAAGAGGAAGCUUAGACGGCAGUGCAAAGCUGGGAGUGCAAAGGACGACGACGACAGCCGUGACGGAGGUAGGAUAUAGGCCGAUGCAUCCCAUUCCUGCGCCGGAGAUUCCUGCCAGAGACGUGCGUACCUCGCGCCGCUCUUUGUCGCUGCCGAUGUCGAUGUUGCCUUCUGUCUAUCCGAGGACGCCGAAGACGCCGAGAUGCGAGUCGUUCCUGCCCUUGGAGGAUGAGGCUGCCGGGCAUCCGUUGCUGUCGAGGCCAUUUCACAUGCGUGGCCACAAGUCGGCUUCAGUGCAGCCUGCUGCUGAGAACCACAAGGAAGGAGGUCACAUCAUCCGAGCGCGGACAGUCACUGCUCCUACGAUAGAGACAAUCAGUGGUAUAGAUGGACGGCGCGAGGCCCAGAAAGCACGACGGUUCUCCGUGUCUUCCGUCCUGACGAAGUCGAGGAUGGACGCGCUGAAAGCGACGGUCAUGCCUCAUCCGCCGGUGCCGGACUUUCCCCGGUCGGUCGAUCAUGAACCCGUGAAUGUGGAUGACAGCGUGGUUUAUGCAUUGCCAGUGAGACCGAUGAGCAUGCUCAGUGGUAUAGGCUUGGAUGCUAGACAGAGCGAGGUGAAUGUAGGACCGUCGAGGUCGGCUGCGGCUCAUGUGGCGGACAAGAAGAGUAGUAAGAGGCCAGCAGGACAUGCGAGCAUUGCGCUCGGAAGUUCGAGUGAGAGCGGCGCGAAGAGGACGGUGGAUGACUCGCAUGCGUCUCGUUCAAGUCCUGCAGCACUGGAGGAGACGGUCAAGCUGGAGAAGCGGAUGGACGAAAGGGAUGAGGUUAGGCCGACCAGCAUGGACCGGCAAUCAAGAGGGAGUAUGAUCGAGGUGAGCGGAUCGCAUUUCAGGAUGCAUCAGCCAAGUAAGGGCAAGGACGAGCAGCGCGCCGCGCUCGGUGUCGCGUACAAUCCGGACGAAGGUUUACCUGACACGACCAUGCUAGCGACGGAGCCUACGAGGAUUCCGUCUUCACCAGCGAGCGCCAUGUACGAUCGUCUACCCGUGGAAUCCUCAAAUGCUGUACAGCAACCGCAGAGGAGUACCGAACCCAACGAUCAAGCCGAGAUACAAGUACAAUCGCGUAGGUUCUCGUUGUCAUCUGUGAUCUCCAGGCGAGCGAUGCGUGCGAGGAGCAUGAUUGUUUCUGUCGGAAGGCGCAGCGAUCUCGACGUGACGGAGCCCACUACGCCAACUGGUCCGUCUAGCAUAGGACGACGCGUUCGGGGCAGCACUUUCAGUACGAUCCUCGACGCCGGGGUGCGCUUCGACAUGUUCACUCCCGGGUUCGGGUUCUCGAUGCCGUCGUCCCCGCCACGCCCCGCGCGUGCGGAGACAGCGUCGCCAACUUCUCACCUGUCGAACGACCUUGAUUUCCGUAGAAGUCGUGCACAGACUACGCCGGAAAUGCUGGAGGUUGGUGACUACGUCGCCAGCAGGCCCGAAUCCGAAUUGGAUACCAUGAGCUUCGCGCGCAGUGCGACUUUCACGGAUAGCUGUGGGAGCAUGUUCGAGCGCGAAGUUGACGGGGGCUCAUCCCGCGCGAUAUCGCUUGUGGACGGAGGACCUCGCAGCACGAUUGUGAGAACGACGGUACGCGGGGAAGGGGAAGAGUCAGAUGGCGAACCCGGGGCCGCGUUUGACGAGGAGGGAGAGACUCCGACCACGAAACAUAUCGAUUUGAGCCCGAGUCUGAGCAUGGGCAUCCGUUCUUCGAUGGGCUCAGAGGAGGAACCGGAAGAUGCGCGUGCGAUGGUGGAGAAGGAGGAGGAGAGGCGGUUUCUGCGGGCGUUGGGACUGGAGUUUGGGGAGACUACGCGGGGAGGCAGGUGAAUGAGGCACAUGUUUUACGGGAGGUGCAGAGGUAAAGUUGGUCGUGUUCAUUGCAUUUCAUAUCAGUUUUCGCAAGCAUCGGAUUUUCUCGGUUUGA